GUAAGCAAAAAAUAAAAACAGAGAUCUCUGUUUUUAUUUUUUGCUUGACAAAAGCGUUUGGAUUUGUCUAAUUUCUUGCCCCUGUCUCUAUCUGCGUUCCCUCUGAUUAAUGAGUUAAUCUGCUGAUUAAUCAUUGCAUCAGAAAAUUAAUGCAAAUCAUUUAGGGACUUCUCUAAUCAAGUUCCACAGAGAAAGGGACAAGAAGGAGAAGACCAUUUCCCACAUAAGAAAGCAGAGAGAGAGACAGAGCAUAACAGUCACCACCAUUGACGAGGAGCUUCCCUCCCACCUUUCCAGCGAAACUCAACUUUCCCGGAAAUUCCCAUUAGCCAAACCAAUCUUCUAACCUUCCCCCGUCAACCCCUUUCAUUUUUCAAUUCGAUAAUUCCGUUUUCCUCCCUGGGGAAAGCAGCUGAGUUUUUGAAAUCAAUUUUCAAAAACAAAAACCCGAAAGGCAAAUGCUUGUUCUUGACAUGAGUCAAAAUGCGAGAUCAAAUCCAAGUCUCCGUCCAAAGCUGCAAUUUUUAGAGAAAAUUUCAAAUACCCGAGUAGUAUUCAUAUAAAACCCAUAUUUCCCAACUCUUUUUUCCUUCUUAUUUUUGGGUUUGGAUUUCUGGGUUUUUUUCUGUUGUGUGUAAAAGUUUACAACUUUGGGUCCGCAGAUUAGAAAGCUGGGUGUGCAAAAGGGAAAAGCUGUGUGCUUAUCAGUAAACCUUUUUUUGUUUUUUUUACCAUUCAGGUUGUAAAAAAUCUUUCUUUUUGUUUAUUCUUUCUCUCUGUGUAAUACCAAAUUUGUUUGUCUUUUAUUGACUGGCGUUCUGAGCUUUCUGCCUGAGAAAAUUUUAUUUACUUUCUGGGAUUUUGGCCCCUCUUUUGGGUCUCUGUGUUCAAUAUUUGUAAAUUCUUGGGGGGUUGUGGAACUGGGUUCUUGCUCUGGGUUGUCCUUUUUUGGAAGAAAGUAGCUGUUUUCUUCACUGAGGAAUUGCUUUUCAAGAAGCGGCUGCAGAAGUUGGUACCUGUUGUUUUCACUAGGCGAUACAUAUUCAAAACUGCUUUUGGAUUCUAUUCCUCUUGAAGAAGUUGCAUUAAUUAGUGAGGAUUGGGAAAUCAGAAGCAGCUUUUAGCCUUGUAAGUUGGGUUUGUGUUGGUUUUGGAAUUGGGGUUGGUUGGAGCUUGUUGUAGAGUGAAAGGGAGUUCAGAGAAAAUAUGAGGGGUGGAGGCAGAAGGAGAAAGCUGCAUUUCAGCAAGAUCUAUUCUUUCACUUGUGGUAAAUCUUCUAUGAGAGAUGAACAUUCACAAAUUGGGGGACCGGGAUAUUCCCGAGUGGUUUACUGCAAUGAACCGGACUCUUUCGAGGCUCAUAUGCGAAAUUAUGGAGACAAUUAUGUUAGGAGCACAAAGUAUACAGUUGCUACUUUCUUGCCAAAAUCUUUGUUUGAGCAGUUCAGAAGGGUGGCCAACUUCUACUUCUUAGUCACUGGCACUUUGGCAUUCACUCCUCUGGCUCCAUUUACCGCUGUCAGCGCGAUCAUCCCUCUUAUUAUUGUGAUUGGGGCGACCAUGGUGAAAGAGGGUAUCGAAGAUUGGCGGCGAAAACAGCAGGAUAUUGAGGUGAACAAUCGAAAGGUUAAAGUACAUUAUGGUAAUGGCGUUUUUGAUUAUACUGCUUGGAGGAAUCUGAGAGUGGGAGAUAUAGUGAGAGUAGAAAAAGAUGAAUUCUUUCCGACAGACCUCCUCUUACUUUCAUCCAGUUAUGACGAUGCAAUCUGCUAUGUUGAGACCAUGAAUCUUGAUGGGGAGACAAAUUUAAAGUUAAAACAAGCAUUGGAAGUAACUUCGUUCUUGCAGGAGGACUCUAACUUCAACGAUUUUAACGCCAUUGUUAAAUGUGAAGACCCAAAUGCAAAUUUGUACUCGUUUGUUGGAACUAUGGAGUUUGACAAGCAACAGUUUCCCCUCUCUCCUCAACAGCUUCUCCUCAGAGACUCUAAACUAAGAAAUACAGACUACAUAUAUGGAGCUGUUAUCUUCACUGGUCCCGACACAAAGGUUAUUCAAAAUUCUACUGCCCCUCCUUCAAAAAGAAGCAGAGUUGAGAAGAAGAUGGAUAAAAUUAUCUACUUCUUGUUCUGUGUUUUAUUCACAAUGGCAUUUGUUGGUUCGAUUUACUUUGGGAUUGCAACAAAAGAUGACCUAAACAAUGGGAUCAUGAAAAGGUGGUAUCUCAGGCCAGAUAAUUCUAGAAUUUUCUUUGAUGCUAAAAGAGCUCCGUAUGCAGCAAUUUACCACUUUUUGACAGCUCUAAUGUUGUAUGGCUACUUUAUCCCCAUCUCCUUGUAUGUGUCAAUAGAAAUUGUCAAAGUUCUUCAGAGCAUAUUCAUCAAUCAAGAUAUUCACAUGUACUAUGAGGAAGCUGACAAACCAGCACAUGCCCGUACCUCAAACUUGAAUGAGGAACUUGGCCAAGUUGACACGAUUCUGUCUGAUAAGACUGGAACUCUGACCUGCAAUUCAAUGGAGUUUAUUAAAUGUUCUGUGGCCGGAACAGCUUAUGGCCGAGGAUAUACUGAGGUCGAGAGGGCUAUGGGUAGGAGAAAUGGUUCACCUUUGGUUCAUCAACAUUUAAGUGGUGGGGACAAUCUCAAGGACUCUACUGAUGGCAAGGCACCCAUCAAGGGCUUUAAUUUUAAGGACGAAAGGGUCAUGAAUGGAAACUGGGUUAAUGAGCCUUAUGCAGAAUACAUCCAGAAGUUUUUCAGUUUAUUAGCAAUCUGUCAUACGGCAAUUCCGGAAGUUGAUGAAGCUACUGGGAAUAUUUCAUAUGAGGCUGAAUCUCCUGAUGAAGCAGCAUUUGUGAUUGCAGCAAGAGAACUUGGUUUUGAAUUCUACAAAAGGACACAAACAACCAUAUCACUGCGAGAGUUAGAUCCAGUGUCCGGCAAGAAGGUUGAGAGGACGUAUAGCCUUCUCAAUGUUUUAGAGUUUAACAGCACAAGGAAGCGAAUGUCUGUGAUUGUCAGAAGUGAGGGAGGAAAAAUACUAUUACUAUCCAAAGGUGCCGACAAUGUUAUGCUAGAGAGGCUUGCCAGAAAUGGUUCGGAUUUUGAAGAAGAGACCAUGGAGCAUCUAAAUGAGUAUGCUGAUGCAGGGCUGAGGACCUUGAUUCUUGCCUACCGUGAACUUGAGGAAGACAAAUACAAAGAGUUCAAUCAAAAUUUUAUCAAGGCCAAGAAUUCUGUUAGUGCAGAACGUGAAACAGUCAUUGAUGAAGUAACAGAAAAGAUUGAGAGAGAUCUAAUUCUUCUUGGUGCAACUGCUGUUGAGGACAAACUACAAAAUGGGGUUCCUGAUUGCAUUGACAAGCUUGCCCAAGCAGGAAUUAAGAUUUGGGUUUUGACUGGAGACAAGAUGGAGACUGCCAUCAAUAUCGGGUUUGCAUGUAGCUUGCUUAGACAAGGAAUGAAGCAAAUUGUAAUCACUUUGGAGUCUCCGGAGAUUAAAGUGUUAGAAAAGGAAGGAGAAAAGGAGGCCAUCGCCACGGCAUCAAAAGGAAGUGUUCUCAAUCAGAUAAAUAGGGGAAAAGCUCAGCUUACAGCAUCGAGCAGGAACUCUGAGGCAUUUGCAUUGAUCAUUGAUGGAAAAUCACUUGCUUAUGCUUUGGAGGAUGAUGUAAAGAAUUUGUUUCUAAAUCUUGCAAUUGGCUGUGCAUCUGUUAUUUGCUGCCGUUCAUCACCUAAACAGAAGGCACUGGUCACUAGACUGGUAAAAUCUGGAACUGGGAAAACAACACUAGCGAUCGGUGAUGGAGCCAAUGACGUGGGCAUGCUCCAAGAAGCAGAUAUUGGGGUUGGAAUUAGUGGUGUUGAAGGAAUGCAGGCGGUCAUGUCAAGCGAUAUUGCUAUUGCACAGUUUCAAUACUUGGAGCGUCUACUGCUUGUGCACGGGCAUUGGUGUUACAGAAGGAUCUCAUCAAUGAUUUGCUACUUCUUCUACAAGAACAUUGCAUUUGGUUUCACUCUCUUCUUAUAUGAGGCACACACAUCCUUCUCUGGAACGCCUGCAUACAAUGAUUGGUUUUUGUCACUUUACAACGUAUUCUUCUCUUCACUUCCGGUGGUUGCUAUGGGAGUUUUCGACCAGGAUGUAUCUGCGCGGUUCUGUUUCAAGUUUCCUCUCUUAUACCAAGAAGGGGUGCAAAAUAUUCUCUUCAGCUGGCGUAGAAUAUUCGGAUGGAUGUUGAAUGGGUUCGCAACGGCCGCGAUUAUCUUCUUCUUCUGCACGAAAGCGCUAGCACACCAGGCCUUCAACAGCGAGGGCAAAACUGCCGGAAGGGAUAUCCUCGGGGCAACAAUGUACACAUGCACAGUUUGGGUUGUGAACUUGCAGAUGGCACUUGCCAUCAGUUACUUCACCUUGAUACAGCACCUCUUCAUCUGGGGUUCAAUUGCACUGUGGUAUCUCUUCCUCUUGGCCUACGGUGCCAUGUCACCUUCACUCUCAACCACUGCCUACAAAAUCUUCAUCGAAGCCCUCGCCCCCACGCCUUCUUUCUGGCUCAUCACAAUCUUCGUGCCAGUCUCCGGUCUAAUCCUAUUCUUCACAUACUCAGCCGUUGAAAUGCGGUUCUUCCCUAUGUACCAUAGAACGAUACAAUGGAUACGGUACGAGGGAACAUCAAAUGAUCCCAAAUUUUGUGACAUGGUGCGGCAGAGAUCGUUCCGGCCGCAGACUGUUGGUUUCACGGCGCGAUUGGCGGCGAGGGCCAACCGUAUAAAAGAUAGACACCAUUACCGUAGAUAAGUUUUGUAUGCUUCUUGUUUGUUAUAGGUGGUCUAAAAAAAUACCAGCUUCUUCAAUCACUCCCAAGUUUUGGAACUCUGCGUUUUGUACAUCAUUGGGUUGCAUAUAAUAUUAUACAACAAAAUUCUUUGGUUCAAAUUUGUUCUGGGAUUGGGCCCUUGUAGCUAGAUAAUUACUUUGUACAGAAGCACUUUUGAGCUGUGUUAGAUUUAGAGCGUGUAAAUUUUGAUACAAGGUGAAAAAAUAUGUUGCACGAUUCAA